AUGUCCAAAAACAAAGAUCCUUGUUCAUUAUUAAAUAUUCAACAUGAUUAUAUUUUGAAUAAAAUUAAACUGAUCCAACAACCAGGACAAUUAUAUAAUCUAAUUAUUGAUGAUAAAAUGGAAUCAGUACUAUAUAAUGUAUUGACCAAAGAAGAAUUACUUCGUAUUGUUGCAUCAAUUGAAAAAAUCGAUGGUAAAAGAAGACAAGGUACAUUUAUGACAGCAAUAUAUUUAAUUGAUGUUAAUAUUUAUAAUUUAAAAUGUAUUAUUGGUGAUAUUCAAACAAAAAAAUAUAAAAAUGGUAUUGCUUUAUUCCCAAUUUAUCAAGAUUCAAGAACUCAAGAUUUUUGGCUUAAAAAAUUUUGGAAUCAAUCAAAUGUAUUAAAUUAUUUUAAUAAACAUAUUGAAUUUUUAAAUGCCAAUUAUUUUGCUUUAGAAACUAAAGUAUUUUUAGUCGAUAAUAAAACUUCUAAUUCAAUGCCAAUUUAUUAUAAUCCCAAUUGUAUUGAAUUUGUCAUGCCUCAAGUUCAAUUAGUGGCCAAUGCAUUAUUAAAUUUGGUGGUAUCAAUGGAAGAAUAUCCUUUAAUUCGAUUUUAUAAUCCUCAAGAUGGUGAUUAUGAUGCCAAAAGAUUACCUGAAUUGAUUGCUGAUGCUUUCCAAGCUCAAUUGGAUGAUUAUUGUCGUUUAAAUGAAAAUUAUCCUCCACCAUCAGUGGCAACUAAACCAAGAGCAAUUUUAUUGAUUACUGAUAGAACUAUGGAUUUAUAUUCCCCCUUAUUACAUGAAUUUUCUUAUCAAGCUAUGGCAAUGGAUAUUGUUGAAAGUUUAGAAAGAACUGGUAAAUAUAAAUAUAAAUCAGAAAAUGAAAAAGGUGAAAUAACUGAAGUUGAAAGUAAAUUGGAAAAUGAAAAUGAUGAAGAUUGGGUAAAUUUACGACAUUUACAUAUUAUUGAAAGUUCAGAAUUAAUUUUCAAUAAAAUUAGUGAAUUAGUUAAGAAUAAUCCUUUAAUGAUUGAUCGAUCAAAGGCAACUACUUCUUCUGAUCUUAUGUAUAUUGUUGCUCAUUUAAAAGGAUUUGAUGAGGAACGUAAACAAUUGACAUUACACAAAACAUUGAUUGAUGAAUGUCUUGAUAUUAAUGCUUCAAGAAAAUUGGCAGAAUUUGCCGCUGAUUUUGAACAAACUUGUUGUGCUGAAGGAGUUAGUUUUGAAGGUGAAAGAAAUAAACAUUUACAUGAUGAUUUGAUAAUUUUAUUGGCCAGAGAUGAUUUGCAUAUUAAUGAUAAAAUGAGACUUGUCUUAAUAUAUGCCUUUUAUCGAGGAGGGUUAAUUAGGGCUGAUUUUGAAAAAUUGAUUCGAUUUAUUGGGGUUAAUGAUAAAUAUAUUACUGGAUUAGUAGAAAAAUGUUUUAAUAAUGUUGAAAAAUUAGGAUUUCAAAUAUUUAAAAAGAAUGUUAAAGAUAAACCAUUCCAUAAAGAAAUGUAUCAUGUUAUUAAUAAUGAAGGUACUUAUAACACUUCACGAUUUACACCUGGUAUCAAAAGAAUUAUGCAAAAUGCCGGUAAAUAUUCUUUAGAUAGAGAAUGGUUCCCAUAUUUUCGAGAUCAACCAUUAGAUGAAGACAUACCAACAAAUAAUGCUCGUAUUUCUAGUUCUGGUGGUGGUGGUGGUAGUGGUAGUGGCAAAGAUUUACAUACGAGUGGUUCAUUACGGAACCCAAGAAUAAAAGCAGCUUGGGCAUCCUCAUCUUCUUCAUCAAGAACCACAAAUACUUUGGGUUUACAACAAGUUAAAAAUAGACAACGUAUAUUUUGUUUUGUUGCUGGUGGAAUGACAUAUAGUGAAAUCAGAUCGAUUUAUGAAUUAUCAUCUACUAUGAACAAAGAUUUUUAUAUUGGUUCUGAAUCAAUUUUAAAACCUCGUGAUUUUUUGAUAGGAUUACAAAGUAUUGAUAAAAAUAAAAAUCCAGAAAAUUUAGAUUUGAAUAUUUAUAAAGAAUUAAAUAAACCAACUGAUCCUCCCUUGCAUGUUUUCGAAGAUGGAAUACCCAAACCGAAAAUCACUAACCAAUCUCCACAAAAUCAAUUUCAACAACAAGUACAACAACAACAACUUAUGUAUCAGAGUAAUAAUGGGGGAAACCAACAAUCACAACAAGCUCCUUCUCAUUAUCAAAAAAGACAAACUUCAGGAAAUCUUGAUAAUAUAAAUUCACCUACAUCUACUACUGAUUCAAAAGAGAAAAAGAAGAGUAGAUUGAAAAAGUUUUUCAAAUAA